AUGCUUAUGAAUAAGAUACUGGAAUGUUUUAAUCCACUUGCACUUAAAUUUCGACCCUCUUUGACUGUGUAUACAUGUAUACGACUAUAUUCACUCCUCAGAGAUGAGUUGUUGCCUCUUUUGCAGCUUGAAAGAGAAGAUGAACUAGCAAGGAUUAGGGAUAAAGGGGGCAGAAUUGUGCAGUGGGGCUGCUUAAGGGUUGAGGGGGUGCUUUCUAUGUCGAGAGCAAUAGGUGAUCAUGGUUUGAAACCAUGGGUUAUUUCAGUGCCAGAAGUUACUUUCACGCCUAGAACUGAAGAUGACGAGUUUUUGAUUUUGGCAAGUGAUGGACUUUGGGACGUCUUGUCUAAUGAUGUUGCUGUAAGGUUGGCUCGUGAAGAAUUUAGGUACCAACGCAGGCAGCCAAAAAAAGAUGAUACUUCAUCCCACCCUCCAGCCCUUAAUGUUGCCAAAGAACUGCUGAAGCGAGCUUUUACUGCAUACACUUGCGACAAUGUCUCUGUUGUUGUUGUUGACCUGAAACUGCCUAGGAGAAGGCCUCAUCAAAAGCUUUGAAAAAGGGAUGGAAAAGAAACCUGGGUUCCACCUUUUUCAGAGGGAAGGAAAAGAAGGAAUCGUUUCUUGUUGGCCAAGUCAUGUUUCAAUGAGAUGGUAAAAGUAGGAUGUUAUAAUAAGUUGUGUAUAACAAACUCUAGACAAACAAAAGUUGUACAUGAGCUAUUUCCAAUAAUAACCUACAUAUU